AUGGUCGGUCACUGUCUUAUACGUCGUCCAAUAAAACCGAAACAAAUUGGUCGUGCACCAAUUCUUGGUCGUCCACGUUUAUUUGGUGGAAAAUUAUUAGAUUAUAUUCAAGUAACACAACAACAUAUUCCAUUAAUUAUUUCAUCAUGUGUUAGUGCUAUUAAUCGACUUGGUUUACAUAAUCAAGGUAUUUUUCGUGUACCCGGUGCACAAGUUGAUAUAAAUCAAUUUAAAGAAGCUUUCGAAAAAGGUGAAGAUCCAUUAGUUAAUAUCACAGGUCGAGAUAUGAAUUCAGUUGCUGGUGUAUUAAAAUUAUAUUUUCGUGAAUUAAAAGAACCAUUAUUUGCUCGAGAUAUGUUUGAUUCAUUUAUUUCAUGUAUUAUUGAUGUUGAAUCUGAAGAAAAAUGUGUCGAAAAUCUUAAUCAAGUUUUAAAACUUCUUCCUCGUCCAAUAUUUAUAGUCAUGCGUUAUUUUUUUGCAUUUCUUAAUCAUUUAGCAGAAUAUUCUGAUGAAAAUAUGAUGGAUGCAUCAAAUUUAGCAAGUUGUUUAGCACCAUCACUUAUGCCAAUACCUGAAGAUAAAGAUCAAGUACAAUAUUUAACACAUACAAUUGAACUUAUACGAACAAUGAUAAUACAUCAUGAAGAAAUCUUUCCAAUAAAUGAUGAUGAUCCAAUCUAUGAAAAAUUUGCUACUACAAUUCCAAUUGAUGGUGAAGAAGAUGAAGAUGAUGAAGGUGAAAUGAUAAGUGAACAUUCGUUAAGACGAUCAGCAAGUGAUGAUGAAAUGGAAAUGGUAGAAGCAGUGGCAUUAUUUGAUUAUAAUGGUAGAACAAAUAAAGAAUUAUCAUUUAAAAAAAAUCAAAUUAUAUUUAUUUAUAAAAAAAUGAAUCAUGAAUGGUGGUUAGGACAUAUAGCUGGUGGAAAUCAGUCAGGAUUUAUUCCUGAUGGUUACAUCAAGCUUAAAUCCAGACGCCGAGAUUCAGCUCCUUCUGUUCAACAUCAUCCUCGACUUCGUUUAACACCUAAUCCAUCAUCUUCAAUUACUUUACCAACAUUAUCGAAUAAUCAAUUAAAUGCCUCUAUUUCAACCACACUAACAUCUAAUCAAUAUCAUCAAUCAUCAAAUUUUUCAUUAGUUGAUGAAUAUCGUCUUCAAUCAGCAAAAGAAACUGAAAUAGUUGAAGUUGAUUUUGAUAUUAAUAACAAAGAAGAAGAAGAAGAAGAAGAAGAAAAAAAUUCUUCUAUAAUUAAAAAUUAUCCCAUACCUGCUUCUCGUACCAUCAAUGAUGUUUUAUUAUCUAAUUCACCUCCACCAAUAUUAUCAUCAUCACAUUUACCAUCAAUAAAUGAUCAACAAAUAAUUGAUAUUGAUACAGCAUUACGUGAAAUUUUAUCAGGUAUACAAACUGUUGAAGAAUGUCAUGCACAAUAUUUUCGUUCAAAUCAACAAAAAGAAAUUGAUGAACCUGAUCUUGUACUUAAUUUACCUAAAACAAAUCGAUUUUUAACAACACAAACAUCAAAAUCAUUUGAUGAAAAUUUAUUAAAAAAAUCUUCAUUACCAAUAUCACAUUCAACGACAAUUAUUGAUUUAACACAUACAUCACGAUCAAAUUCAUCAUCACCAGAAUUAAUUAAACAAAAUAAAAUUCCACCACCUAUUAUGAAAAAACCCGAAAAAACUUUACAAUUAAUUAAACGUCUUGGUUUACAACAAACAAAUGAAUCAUCUUCAUCAUCAACAUAUUUUAAUAUUACACAGCAUCAACAACAACAACAAUCAAUAUCGAUUUCUAGUUCAUCAAAAGCUACGCAAGUUUAA